GAACUCGAUUUGGAGCGCAUAGACCCGCGCGUUCCAGCGAGCGCAGACGUGAUCGAGGCCAUGAAAGCUCGCAUCAUCCAGCUUGAGAACGAACUCGAGCAGUCGGAGUCGGAGCAUGCCGCCAAACGCGCCCGCAAGACCCCCAACCUGACGAACGAGGCGGGCCCUUCCUCCUCGAAGGCGGCUGCUGCCACUGCGAAGACGGAGGAGAAGAAACGUCGGCUUAUCUUAAAGCGCAUUUUUGAUCAGCGAGUGCUCACAUUGAAGAAGGGCUGCAAGUCGGAUACGUGCAAAUUCCAAGGGAGCCCGAAGACGGUCAAGGUGGAUGAUGUGAUCGACUACGACGACUUCCAGGCGAUUUUCCGCCCUGGAGAGAUCGGGACUCUCAUCCAGCCGACACCGGAGAACAAGCCCAAGUCGACAGUGACGAUCAUCCACUACAACUCGGCGCAGGUGUCUGCUCUGUUCGGAGACGAGAUGAAAGAGCUGAAAGGCAACAUGUGGACGAUAGGCGGCGCGCCUUAUUUCUCAAAGUCCGUCAAGCGCGGGCAAUGCACGGUCGUCGUCGACGGCGCGCAACUCAACUACGCAAAGAACGGAAUGAAGUGCACUAUCAAGUUCGACGUCCGGCAGCAGGAUGGUGAAUACGACGAAUACGACUCGGACUCCGACAAUAUGUUCAUGCGACGCGGAUGGUUGCGCUACUGAUACACCCGUACCCGUCUUUGUCUUCCUUCCACCCUCCACCUGUUUCGCAGUUCUCGUCCACGGUGACCAUAUUCGAAUUUCCCUCAGCUGAAGCCUUGUAUAAUCCGCUCAUUUUAUGCGCCAUGUAAUGCUGACCGUACAUGCCCUGCUCUGUGCAUAUUUACCGUAUCAUACAUAGCAACAAUAAAGAUGACAUAC